CACGUGACGGUGCUGAUGACGACACAUAAGUUACUGUAGUGCGGCUGCUUCCUACUUCCUUGGUUCUCUGCUUCAUCAACCUCCUUAACGAUUAAAAGGCAAAAUGUCCCACCAAACUGGCAUACAGGCUGGUAACGAGGUCAAAGAUAUCUUUGCCACUGCAAGGAGUGGAGACCAAUAUCGGCUCAUAAAGAUUGUUAUUGAGGAUGAGCAGCUUGCUUUGGGCAUUACCAAGAAAGCAUCAAAGACAUGGGACCAAGAGUACGACUCAUUAGUUCUACCUCUUCUAGAGGAUGACCUGCCGUCUUAUAUCCUGUACCGGCUGGACUCUUCCAACAACCAGGGCUAUGAAUGGAUUUUCUUGGCCUGGUCACCUGACCGUUCUCCUGUGCGACAUAAGAUGUUAUACGCUGCUACCAGGGCAACAGUGAAGAAGGAGUUUGGAGGGGGCCUUAUUAAAGACGAGCUCUUCGGCACCACAAAGGAGGACAUGUCUCUGAAGGGUUACAAGAAGUUCCUGGUGUCCGAGGCGGCACCACAUCCCCUUACUGCUGCUGAGGAGGAACUGAGACAGAUCAAACUCAGUGAGGUGAAUACUGACAUCAGUGUAGACACCAAACAACAGACGCUACAGGGAGUGGCUUUCCCCAUGCAUGGAGAAGCUGUCAAGGCACUGGAGCGAUUCAGGGACAAACAAGUUAACUAUGUACAACUGGAAAUAGACUUUGCCAAAGAGCUCAUAAAAUUGUCCAAUACUGAACCGACCGAGGUGAAAGACCUGCCCAAGAGGAUUCCCACAGAGUCGGCACGCUAUCACUUCUUCCGCUACAACCACUCCCACGAGGGAGACUACCUGGAGUCCACGGUGUUCAUUUAUUCCAUGCCGGGAUACAAGUGCAGCAUCAAAGAGAGGAUGCUGUAUUCCAGCUGUAAAAACCCCCUGGUGGACAUGGUUGAAAACAACAUGCACAUUGAGAUUCUGAAGAAGCUGGAGAUAGACAACGGGGAGGAGCUGACCCCCGACUUCCUGUACGAGGAGGUCCAUCCCAAGCAGCACGCACACAGGCAGGCUUUUGCCAAACCCAAGGGCCCCGGCGGAAAGAGGGGUGGACGCAGAAUCACCAGACCUCCCGGAGAUGAGGAAGAAGAUGACUAAACACCCACCCCCGCCCCAACCACACCCGUGCACUCCGUAAUGGAACAUUCCAUGUGUUCAUGGAGGAAAAGCCUAUUUGACACCUCGUAAAAAUAAUAACCUUCCAAGCCAACACAGAGACUGAACUAUGCACGCCAAUGGACGACAACUGACCUAAAACAAACACUUGAGAAUGUCCAUUUGUAGCCAGCCAAAUGGAUGGCGUAUGCGUGUGUAUGUAACUGUAUUCGUUCGAUCUAUUUUACUGAGAUAUUCAGACGUUAGAACAGGUCGCGACGUUUUUACACUGUCGUCUUCGAGACAAAAAAAAAAAGAACCAAUACGUCGGUGCGCCUGAUGUGAAUCGGUGCCAGUGUGACAAACCCUGUGCUCCAUGAGCCGAGGUGACUCGCUUGUGAUCAUUCAUUCUGCUCUACGUAGGUCCAUGUCAAUUUCUGUUUCUUGUGUCAGAUGUCUCCAUUGCUAUAUGUGCACAGCUAUGAAGAGGUUCACCCCCCCCCCCCCCCCCCCCCCAAAAAAAAGAGAUGUAUAUUUGCUCAUGUCAUUCAUUUUAAUACAGUGUUUUUUUAUAUUGGAAAAUGUCUUUUUUGAUAACAUUGGUUUACAUAAAACAUCUGCUGAGAAACCAGUUUUUCUAUGCAAGUGCUGUAUAUAGUGUAGGUGUCUGUGAUUUGAAGGUCUCGUCUGUUUCUGUAUCUAUGGUAUCGAUGGGGGCACGUGACAGAACAGGGGGAGUUUUUUACAUCACUGAUUAGAGGAGGGUCAGCUUACGGUGUGGAAACAAGAUUGCGGUCCCAGAAACAGGGAAGGGAAUAUUCUAUGGAAUUCCUCUCUGCCACAUUACCUUCUCUACUGAAUGUUGUAAGACAAACCACUAGAUUAACACCUCUUCAGACAAGGGAAUGCCUUCUCAUAGGAACUUUCAUGACAAAGAAUAAAAUAAAUGUAUUCAAAUCAAA